AUGAAACUUUUAUCCGAGUCAGCACCGUUACAAAUAAGUGGUUUGAGCAAUAAAGAAAAUGAUAUGUUCCAAGUUUUAAAUUUUUUCGAAACAAAGGAACCCACGUGUACAAUCACGUCAACUCACUUGGCUGAAAUUCUGAAUCAUGAUCAUGAGUAUGUUGUCGGAUUAAUUAAUAGUUUAUUCAGUCAGCAAAAACUCAAUAUGGAAGGCCCUCAUGAGUUUACUUAUUGGCAUCCUACAGAAGAAGGGCUGAGUUACUGUGAAAAAGGAUCACCAGAGAACAAUUUUCUAGCAUUACUCCGCUCUCAUCCAACUGCAAUUUCAAUCAAUGAUUUAAAAACGAAAUUCUCAGAUACUCCCUCGAAUAUAUUGGAUAUAGGAUUGAAAAUCGCAUUACAAAAGAAAUGGGCAACAUUAGAUAAAAUUACAAAGUGUAUUACCACGAAUUCCGAAGCUCCAACUAUUGAUGUCACUCAGAAAUGGCUCCAAUUCAUUUCACGCUCAACACAUUUUCAUCAAGAACAACUUCUUAAUGAUUUACAAACGGAAACAGGCAUGACAAAACCUCUUAUAGAAAGAGACAUUUUAAACGAAUUAAAGAAACGUAAAUUAAUUUUGUCUAAAAAAAUCAAGUAUUAUAAUGUCACACGAGGAAUUGCAUUUUCCACUCAACUUACACAAAUGGUAACGGACAUUACUAAGGAAAUGAUACAGAAAGGUACAUGGGAAAAUGCAGUGUUCAAACCCUACAAUUUUUAUUCAGCCGGUACUAAAAUUAAACGGGGAUCCAUUCACCCAUUAAUCCAUGUCGCUAAUCAAUUUAAACGGGUGCUACUUGGAAUGGGUUUUCAAGAAAUGCCUACACAUGAAUGGCUUGAAAAUUCUUUUUGGAAUUUCGAUUCAUUGUUUCAACCUCAACAUCAUCCUGCUCGAGACAUGCAGGAUACAUUUUUUAUAAAAAAUCCUUCUAGUAGUACCCUCCGUGAUAUUGAUCCUCAGUAUUUAAAAGAUGUACAGCAAGUUCAUGAGAUAGGAGGUUACGGAUCUUCUGGUUGGAAAUAUAUCUGGUCACAAAAAGAAGCUUCGAAAAAUGUACUUCGUACACACACCACGGCUUGCUCCUCUCGUAUGUUAUUUUUUCUUGCUCAAGAGUUGAAGAAGACCGGAGUUUUUCGUCCGAAACACUUUUUUUCAAUUGAUCGCGUGUUUCGAAAUGAAACUCUUGACGCCACUCAUUUAGCCGAAUUUCAUCAAGUUGAGGGACUGAUUUGUGAUAAAAAGCUUUCACUUUCUCAUUUGAUGGGUGUUCUUAAAACCUUUUACUCUCAAAUUGGUAUUUCUAAUCUUCGAUUCAAACCCGCUUACAAUCCGUACACAGAGCCUUCAAUGGAAAUAUUUGGAUUUCAUCCCUUAUUAAAAAAGUGGAUCGAAGUAGGAAAUAGUGGUAUUUUUCGUCCUGAAAUGCUACGACCGAUGGGGUUCCCAGAAGAUGUAUCAGUUAUUGCUUGGGGAUUGUCUCUUGAAAGGCCUACAAUGAUCCGUUACCAUGUCAGUAACAUUCGUGAGCUUUUUGGGCACCGAGCUAUCAUAGGAAUGGCUUGAGUUGUAUACACCUAUCAACUCGGUAGCGAACAUUUAUUCUAAUUUUCUUUUAUUAUAAAGAUAAAAA